AUGUUCAUGGGUACAUUAACUGGCCCAUUUUUCAACCUAUUGAUUGGAAGUUCUUUGUCUGGUUUCACCGAGUUGAUACUAACUGGUGAAAGGGUAGAAAGAGACAUUAAGAGUGGGAAAAUUCCCAUGACAUCUGCUUCCGCAUCCAAUACUGUAAAGAAGCCCUUCCAUGGAAAGAAGAAAACAAAUGCUACGUAUGGGGAAAGGGCCGAUACCAAGAAGGAUCACCGACCCUCUGUUAAUGUUGUGUUAAUCUCAAACCCUCCAUCUGCUCAAAGACAAUCAUCCAACAAUCAACAAUCUGAAGUUCCUCGAAGACAGCUCACGAGGAUAAGCAUGUCACUGUCCCAAGCCUUACAACAUCUUUUGAAGGCCAACUUAGUGACAUUACGCGAUCCACCAUCCAAUCCAAAUAUUUCAUCACCUAAGUAUAAUCUAAAUGCCAAAUGUGCGUAUCAUUCCAACAGUCCCGAGCAUAAAAUUGAUCAAUGCUGGGCUCUGAAGAAUAAGAUUCAAGAUCUGAUAGACCAUAAAACAAUUGAAUUUUAUCCACCUGCUACUCCAAAUGUGAUAACCGCACCAAUGCUGAAUCAUGGCAAAGGUGUUAAUUCAAUUGAUGAUACUACUUUCGUCUCUUCCAUUGAAGAUUUAACAACCCAUUAA